UUCUCAUUCACUAACGAGACUAUUAUUUAUAUAUCUACAUAUAUUAUUGUUUUCUUAUUAACUUUAAUUAAAGUUAAAAAUCUUUUAAUCUAGGAUUAUUAGUAUACUAAUGGGUGACGAUACAGAAAAAGAGGUUGGAACGCAUAUUUUGCGAAGUUAUGGAGAGUUCUUCAAAAAACAGCACCAAGAACUUUUGCUUGUUACUGAAAAUGAAAAAUGGGAAGAUAAUAAGACUUUUCUGACUGUACAAAUAACUAGGAAAGCUACUGAAAUUAUUUCCAUGAAUGAGUUGCUCUCAUCUGAUAAUACAUUGAUUACGAAAGUCCUUAGUGUUCUGUCUUCUUUGUGUGUUGAAGUGAUGAGAUUAAAAAACGAAGCUUUUGAAAGACAUUUUCCAUUUUUAGCAGUAUAUGAAGAAUAUGGUGAUUGUGAUAUCAGUUCACAAAUGCAUGCUAUAUGCUCAUUAAGUGCUUUUACUACACGCUGUGAUGAUAUCUUACGAAACAUCUGCAGUCAGGUGUUUGCUAUUUUCACUGAAGUUGUUGUCAACAUACAUGGUAUUCAAUUACAUUAUAUAAUUAAACAUAUUGGAGAAAUUUUUACAAUUUUGGUCAUCUUGGAACAGCUAAUAUCUAGCUCUUCACUCCCUUCACAAUGGAACAAAUAUUGUAAAACUUUGAAAGCAUUCAAUAAAAUGCCAGAAAAAUUCAAUAUGCUUGAGGACAAAAUCAAGUCAAUUAUAGUGGCUACUGAAAAUAUUACUUCGAAAAUAAUGAAUGAUGACAUUGUCCAAACAUCACUCCAAAAUUUGUUAUCUUUACGAAAGAGUCUAGUUGAUAAAAAUAGUUUGCCAUUGACAACAGAAUUUACACAAUAUUUAAGACAGGCAAUAACAAAUCUGGACAAACUGACACAAGAUAAACCUAACGUUAACAAUAUGUACAAAUGUAUUAAAGUGAACACUCUAUUUGUUUUGACAUCACAUUUGUUUGGUACAAUGGACAAAAAAAUAUUUAAGUCACUGACUGAAUUGAAUAUAAAGGCACACAGCGUUAAUUUAAUUGGCACUGCAGUAUGGUACCCAGAACAAUUCCUUCAGAGGCAUGUUCCAUCUAUAUGUGCAACUCAUGGAAAAUUAUCCCAAACAAUGCUGAAAGCUCGUCAAACAUAUAUUGCUAAUAGAAAAGUAUCCCUGGCUCGUGAUGUACCUAAUCUUUAUGCAUCUUGUAACCAAUGGGUGAUAAAUAUGGAAGAAUUAUUUUCUUCUCAAGAUCAUAAACUCAGUGCUGCAGAAAUGAGUUUACAUUCUAAAAUUUUAAUUGAGGGUCUAGAACUAACAUCAACUAUAAACUAUUCUGUACUCACCUUGAUUAACCUGCAUCUUUCGCUUGGAGUACCAUUAUCAAAAAAUAUAUUGAUGUCACUAUUUGAAAUUAUUAACAUUAUGAAAUCUUUACAAAAUGUUGUCUCCAGAAAUUAUAAUCAAAUAGUCAAUUCUAUUAAUAUGAUAAUCCAACACGUAAUAUUUCAAGCCACAUCAUCAAUACAGGAUGUGAAGAGAUCAGUAAUGACAGAAAAAAAUUUUGCCAGUAAAAGAUUAGAUGAGUUUACUUGUAUUGUGAUUGCUGAACAAGCUCUUAAAGGAACACCUACUAUAGAUCGUAAUAUCGCAGCGAACAUAGCCCUAAGUUUUGUUCCUAACACCACCUAUAUAGAUGACGGCUACAUAAGACUUGGAACUAUAUUGGAAAAAGUUCACACAUUAACCAAUUUCAUAAAAUCUUUUGAAGAUCACUGUAACUGUGCAUGGAUGCUAUGGCAUCAAAAUGUUAUACCCAUAUAUUAUGAACAAAAUUUUAAUACACAAUUAAAUGUUUUAAAACUGAAAUAUUUCUUUAUGGUAUUGGAAGACUGUGCAGUCUUGUUGCAUAAAACAGAUAUGUUAUAUGGUAUUAAAAAAUCUCAGAAGUUUCUUACAAAUAUGCAGAAUGAAAUUGAUGAAAAAGUGAUUAGAAGCACUAGUCAAAAUAUAGAAACGAAUUUACGUUUACAUAUUCACUCUCACUUGCAGUUGGAUGCUGCUAAUCCCUUUGAAUUGGAGAUGACCAAAAAGUUAUUACUGGCUAUAGACACAUUUCGGAUAUUGACUAUUUAUAUGUGUAUUGUUCCAUCCAUAGAACAUUACCUGUCUACUAUGUACUACAACUUAACAACAGUUGUAUUGUCUGAUUGGAAAACUUAUGGUGAAAUGAGACAAAUGGCAAAAUUUAAAUUUAAUCUAAAGACUGUUCAAGAUAAUCUACCAACACAAACAUUGGAACAAGGUUUGGAUGUUUUAGAAAUUAUGCGUAAUAUACAUGUAUUUGUAUCUAAGUAUUUGUACAACCUGAAUAACCAAAUCUUUAUUGAGAAAAGUAGUAAUAACAAACAUCUGAAUUCUAUAAAUAUAAACCAUAUAGCAAAUUCUAUCAGGACACAUGGCACUGGCAUAAUGAAUACAACAGUCAAUUUCACAUACCAAUUUUUGAAAAAGAAAUUUUUUAUUUUUUCUCAAUUUAUGUAUGAUGAACACAUUAAAUCGAGACUUAUUAAAGAUUUGCGAAAUUUCAAAGAUACGUCACAGACUAAUAACAACAUGUAUCAUUAUAAAUAUGCAGAAAAAUUUAACAAGGGCAUUAAAGUUCUUGGCUUAGAUGAAGAUGGCCAAAGUUAUUUAGAUUUAUUUAGAGAACUCAUUAGUCAAAUUGGUAAUGCAAUGGGAUAUGUAAGGAUGAUACGAUCUGGAGGCAGGCACUGUUGUUCAGAUGCUACGGUUUUCUUACCAAAUUUGGAGGAAGUCCAAUCAUUUAAGGAUUUAUGUGAUGAAAAUAAGCUGGGACCAAGAACCAUUAAUGCUUCUGAGAAUUUAGACCAUAACAUUAAUGGUUUGAUUUCAAAUUUCAUACAAGGCACGGAAUAUUUUAAGCUUCUUGUAGAUGUGUUUGCUCCAGUCUUUAGAAACCCAAAAAAUGUUCAUCUUAGAAACUUUUACAUCAUUGUUCCUCCUUUAACAUUGAACUUUAUUGAACACAUGAUAUUGUCAAAAGAUAAAAUGACGAAAAAGAAUAAAAUCGGAGCUGCAUUUACUGACGAUGGUUUCGCAAUGGGUGUUGCAUAUAUACUGAAAUUAUUGGACCAGGGUUCUAAUUUUGAAUCACUGCAUUGGUUUGAUUCAGUCUGGAAACAUAUUCAAUAUGAGAGGAACUUAGUGGAAGACCAAAAAAACAAAGGUUCCCUGCAACUACAGCAGGCUUUGGCCCUUACAGAAAAAAAAUUAAACACCAUAGAACAAGAAUUUAAACUUCUUUAUUACAGCCUUACCAGUGCAAGGAUAUUCUUUAGAUAAAAGCAGGA